CUAAUGCGUGGAUCAAUCAUCGGGACAAUAAAACGUGCGCGUAUUUAGAAGCUGCCGUACCUCCCAUCUUUCCUGCAAGUUCUAUCCAACUGGCCGUGUGGGUCCACACCACCACCACCACCGUCGCUAUAAUCUCUCUCACGACGGCGCACCGACGGCGGCACGAUUCUAAUCAACCCAACCAUAGAAUCCCCAAUUCAAUUUCAACCUAGGGCUCUCCCACAGCUGUUGAAGUAUUUCGAAUCUCUGUCUCUGUCUCUGUCUCUGUCUCUGUCUCUUGGUGCAAUGGACGAGGUGAUCACGGCCGCCGAUGCAUCGUCGAGCCUCCGAUCAUAUUCAUCGGAUCCGUCGAUUGGACCAUGGAACCUCCCUCUCCUGUGCGCGUUGCUCGCCUGUGCUCUCGCUCAGUUUCUCAAGCCUUUCACCACCUGGGUCAAGGAGAAGAGAUGGGAUUCUAGAAGAAUGGUUAGUUCGGGGGGAAUGCCAUCCUCACAUUCAGCGACUGUCACAGCUCUUGCAGCAGCUGUUGGUUUUCAAGAAGGAACAGGAGGAUCAGCCUUUGCCAUUGCCGUUGUGUUGGCAUGCGUUGUACGUACUUUUAAUCCAGGUAAUGUAUGAUGCAUCCGGUGUUAGACUUCAUGCUGGCCGGCAAGCUGAAUUGUUGAAUCAAAUUGUGUGUGAGCUGCCUCCUGAACAUCCUGUAUCUAGUGUUAAACCCCUGCGAGAUUCACUGGGUCAUACUCCACUUCAGGUGGUUGCCGGUGCUUUGCUCGGAUGUAUAGUAGCAUUCCUCAUGAAAAGCUCCAGUUAGCAAUUGCUACUCAAUUGUGGAUCGCUCAAGUGAUCAUAGCUAAUCAUCCCAUGAAGAAAUAUGAUUGGAACGCAGGAAACCUGUAUUUGAGGAUCUGAUUGCUGGAAGCUUGUUUACUUGUUUGGGGUCUUGGUUGCAACUCAUUCUUACUUCCUGUGCUUUCUGUGUGUAUAAUUAGUUUUUAGGGUUCUCAGGUUUUUGCCCUAUUUAACAUUAAAAAUGACAAGGACCCCAAAAUUCCAUGUAUCUGUAUCUUUCUGUUGAUCUGCAUUUGUUGUUUCUGUUUAGAACAUCAUAGAAGGAUUUUGAUAAAAUUUUAUGGGACAAAUUCAUUUAGCGCUUCAA